AGGUUUCUGUCACACACAGAAACCAAGAGCCCCUUUCUUGGAUUUUACAAUCUCUUUCUCUCUCUCUUCUUCUCCUCUCUUUUUCUUCUCUCUUCCUUCUUUUCUCUCGUUAUUUUUCUGCGGGUUCUCUAAUCAGCUUAGUAACAUGGUAUCAGAGCACGGUUUGACUACCUGAUUCCCUGGUCCUAUUGCUGGUUUGAGAGUCCCCUAAUAACCCUAUUCCUUCUCUGGUGCGUAGCCACCUAAAGCUACAAUUUUUACCUAUUUUCUCUUCAAGUCCCGAUACAUAUAAGAUCAGGAGAAAUCAGAUUUAUCAGGUUCUGUUUGUGACAAUGGAUUACAACACUUCCUGAUUAGCAGAUUCAAGGAUCAGGGUAUUUCGUUGAUUAUGCAGCCUAUAUUUAUAAAAUUUCAGCAUCCCUUUGUUUGAUUGAUGGAGCCAAUCGCAUCUGAUUAUAUGUUGGUAUUGCUGUUUUAUUUCUUGCACUGAAGUUUCGGCCUUUUUUGAUCGGUGGUAGAUAUAUUUAUAUUGAGAUUUUCACCAUGAAUGGCACUAAGUCUUCUACGGACAGUGUCAAUGUUCAGAUUACCACCAUUAAAUUGAAUGGAUCCUCCAAUUACUUGCUAUGGGCUCAAGCUGUGAAGGUUUAUAUUAAUGCCAAAGGGAAACUUAAUUAUCUUACUACAGAACCCCCUGCUGAAAACUCUAAAGACUAUAGUGACCGGAUGAGAGAGAAUGAUACACUUUUGGUGUGGUUAUGGAAUAGCAUGGAACCAUCCAUUGCUACUAAUGUCAUGUUCCACACAACUGCCAAGGGAGUGUGGGAUGAUCUUAUGGAGAGUUACUCACAAGACAAAAACAUGUCUAGAGUCUAUGAGCUCUAUGAGAAGAUCUUUAAUUUUAAACAGGGGGACAAGUCUCUUGGAGAGUAUUAUAGUGCUUUGAAAGGCAUGUGGGAAGAACUUAAUCUUUAUCAGCCCAUCACUACUAAUCUUGAGACACUAAAGACACAACGAGCUGAAUUUCAGGUGGGCAAGUUUUUAUCAGGCUUGAAUGCUGACUUACAGCCUAUGAAGAGUCAGCUUCUUGCUGGAGAGAGAGUUCCUUCUAUGAAUGAAGCAUUUUGUCGGAUUCAGCGCAUUGUCCCUCCGUCUUCUACAUCAUCUAAAGAUAAUUCAGCAUUUGUGGCUAGUAGUGGUGUUCGUGGUCGUGGUGGAUUUUCUAAUAGAGGUCGUGGUUUAGGGGGAGGUCGCGGUCGUGGUGGUGGACGUAGUGGACAAAAUUCUGAUCGAGAUAGCCGUCAGUGUAUAUACUGCGGCAAAUCUAGUCAUAUUGUUGACACAUGUUGGGCCAAGCAUGGCAAGCCUGAGUGGGAUCAGCGAUUAGUUACUGCAAAUGCUGCUAUGGCUGAAGGGAGUGCUGGAAAUGUGUCUUACGGCGACACGAAUCCAUCUAUCCCAAGUGGGGGUAGUUCUUCUGAGUCCGCGUCUCGGGAUGAUACGGUCGCACAACUCAUCAAGCGUGUCCAACAACUGGAGGCUUCCAAUUUCUCAUCUACUGCCACUCUUGCACGUACAGGACCUUCAGACAAAGAAGAAGAUUGGUGGAGGGCAUGAACAUGAUGGACUCUAUUAUCUGGAUGGUGUCUCCACUGCUGACGCCAAUGGUCUAGCUGCUAGUCCUAUUACCCCCCUAUUAUGGC